AAAUCGUAAGUAUAUAUUAAAUUUGUUAUAAUUAAACAAGAAAAAAGAACAAAACUAAUUAUAUCCUCAAUCGAGCUGUAGCAUAAACAAGAUGACAAAGUUCGAAUUAAUUAAUUAUAUGUAUUAAUAUCGUUAGAAUAUAUAGAAGACGAAACACAUUAGAGAGAAUCCAGAAUCGAAGCGUCAAACUAGCUAGUGUUGUAAAGCCAACCAACUUUUGAAUGUUCUAGUUUGGAAUCUUAGCUGCUGCUGCUGCUGCUGGUCUUCAUUUAUAAAUAGAGGCGUAACACCAGUCCAUUUGAGGCAAGGUUUGUAACCUACUCCUCCCCACAAUUUCGCAGGAAGAAAACUUAAAAAGACAUCAAGAAAGAAGAAAAAUGGAGAAGAUAGGGAAAGUGGCGUCGGAGAAUGGGGUGGUGAUCUUCAGCAAGAGCACGUGCUGCUUGUGCUACGCGGUGCAGAUCCUGUUCCGGGAUCUCGGGGUGCAGCCACUGGUGCACGAGAUCGACCACGACCCGGAGGGGAAGGACAUCGAGAAGGCGCUCAUGAGGAUGGGCUGCAGCGGGCCCGUGCCCGCCGUCUACAUCGGCGGCAAGCUCGUCGGCUCCACCAACGAGGUCAUGUCGCUCCACCUCAGCGGCUCCCUCGUCCAGCUCCUCAGGCCUUACCAGCAAACCAACUUAUCAUCCCAUGAUUAAUUUAUAAUUAAUUAUUUCCCACUUAAUUAAAUUAUAUUAGGGUUUCUCGAUCUCUAUGUAUUUGUAUAGCUAGUUGUGGUAAGAUUUAAGAAUAAGAGUUGGUGCGCGCCUUGCUAGCUGGAUAUAUGACUUAAUGUAGUCAUAAUAUAUACUCCAUUUAAUGGUGUGAUUAGGCCUAGCUAGCUAUAGCUUUCCAUUUAGUUCAUUAGCUAUGAUCGCUAUUAUUUUAGUUUCAAGGAAUAUUAAUUGUUGUUCUCUUUGCUUUUUGCAUAUUAAUUAAAUCAAGAUUAAUGUUGAUUAA